UUACCCAAGACACUCUCGGAUCUUUCAUCUCCUUCUCCAUCCCAUUUUUUCUCAUAAUCGGAAAAUCCAAUCCGUCGUCUCCUGCAAUGAGCAACCAGCCGGAAUCUUCUUCUUCCGACCCGAAAGGUCCGCCGCCGCCGAAAAAGGACUUUUCAACUGCUAUCUUGGAGCGCAAGAAGUCUCCGAAUCGGCUUGUUGUUGACGAAGCUGUCAAUGACGAUAACUCCGUCGUCGCUAUGCACCCUAAUACGAUGGAAAAAUUGCAGCUUUUCCGUGGGGAUACCAUACUGAUUAAGGGCAAGAAAAGGAGAGAUACAGUCUGUAUCGCACUUGCUGAUGAAACAUGUGAUGAGCCGAAGAUUAGAAUGAACAAGGUUAUUAGGACAAACUUGAGGAUUCGGCUUGGUGAUGUUGUGUCUGUGCACCAGUGCCCAGAUGUCAAGUAUGGAAAGCGUAUUCAUGUUCUUCCUCUGGAUGACACCAUCGAAGGUGUUACGGGGGACUUGUUUGAUGCAUAUUUGAAACCCUACUUCUUGGAGGCAUAUAGACCUGUAAGGAAAGGAGAUCAUUUCCUUGUUCGAGGAGGGAUGAGAAGUGUGGAAUUCAAGGUAAUUGAAACUGAUCCUGGGGAAUACUGUGUUGUUGCUCCAGACACUGAAAUCUUUUGUGAGGGCGAACCCAUUAAGAGGGAUGAUGAGGAUAGGCUGGAUGAGGUUGGCUAUGAUGAUGUAGGUGGUGUCAGGAAACAAAUGGCGCAGAUUCGUGAAUUGGUGGAAUUACCAUUAAGGCACCCACAACUUUUCAAGUCUAUUGGAGUAAAGCCCCCUAAAGGAAUUUUGCUCUAUGGACCUCCUGGUUCAGGAAAGACACUGAUAGCCAGGGCUGUUGCUAAUGAAACAGGAGCUUUCUUUUUUUGCAUCAAUGGACCAGAAAUUAUGUCAAAAUUGGCUGGAGAGAGUGAAAGCAAUCUCAGGAAGGCAUUUGAGGAGGCUGAGAAGAAUGCCCCAUCAAUUAUUUUCAUUGAUGAGAUAGAUUCAAUAGCUCCUAAGCGAGAGAAGACCAAUGGUGAAGUUGAAAGGAGGAUUGUAUCACAGCUCUUGACACUUAUGGACGGAUUGAAAUCGCGUGCCCAUGUUAUUGUAAUUGGGGCUACAAAUCGCCCAAACAGCAUCGAUCCUGCUCUCAGAAGGUUUGGUAGGUUCGAUAGGGAAAUUGACAUUGGUGUGCCAGAUGAAGUUGGACGUCUUGAGGUUCUUCGUAUCCACACAAAGAACAUGAAGCUUUCUGAUGAUGUUGAUUUGGAAAGGAUAGCUAAAGAAACACAUGGUUAUGUUGGUGCUGAUCUUGCUGCUCUUUGCACUGAAGCUGCGCUUCAAUGCAUUAGAGAAAAAAUGGAUGUUAUUGACUUGGAAGAUGAAUCUAUUGAUGCUGAGAUACUAAAUUCCAUGGCAGUCUCCAAUGAACAUUUCCAGACGGCUCUUGGGACAAGCAAUCCAUCUGCUUUGCGUGAGACGGUUGUUGAGGUUCCGAAUUGUAGCUGGGAUGAUAUUGGAGGCCUUGAGAAUGUUAAGCGCGAGCUUCAAGAGACUGUUCAAUAUCCCGUGGAGCAUCCAGAGAAAUUUGAGAAAUUUGGCAUGUCACCGUCCAAAGGAGUUCUUUUCUAUGGCCCUCCUGGAUGUGGGAAGACACUUUUGGCCAAGGCUAUCGCAAAUGAAUGUCAAGCAAACUUCAUUAGUAUUAAAGGACCUGAAUUACUAACAAUGUGGUUUGGGGAAAGUGAAGCCAAUGUUCGUGAAAUUUUUGACAAAGCCAGAGGAUCUGCACCGUGUGUUUUAUUCUUUGAUGAACUCGACUCCAUUGCAACUCAGAGGGGAAGCAGUUCUGGAGAUGCAGGCGGGGCUGCUGAUCGAGUUCUGAAUCAGCUAUUGACUGAAAUGGAUGGAAUGUCUGCGAAAAAGACUGUUUUCAUAAUUGGAGCGACCAAUAGACCUGAUAUCAUUGAUCCUGCAUUACUACGUCCAGGACGUCUUGAUCAACUGAUCUAUAUCCCGUUACCAGAUGAGGAUUCACGUUACCAGAUUUUUAAGGCUGCAAUGAGGAAAUCCCCUGUUUCUAAGGAUGUUGAUUUGAGAGCUCUUGCCAAGUAUACUCAAGGCUUUAGUGGGGCUGAUAUUACAGAAAUAUGCCAACGGGCCUGCAAGUAUGCAAUAAGAGAGAACAUCGAGAAAGACAUAGAGAGGGAAAGAAAGAGAAGUGAGAAUCCUGACUCGAUGGAUGAGGACGAGGAUGAAGUGGCGGAAAUCAAGGCUGCUCAUUUUGAGGAAUCGAUGAAGUAUGCACGUAGAAGUGUGAGUGAUGCAGACAUUCGCAAAUACCAGGCAUUUGCUCAGACGUUGCAACAGUCUCGAGGGUUUGGAUCUGAAUUCCGUUUCUCGGAAGCAACAUCCGGUGGGGGUGCUGCUGCAUCUGAUCCCUUUGCUGCUUCUGCCGGAGGAGCUGAUGAUGACGACUUAUACAGUUAGCUUAUUUUAUAAAUGGUCCAUGUUUUAAGAAAUACAUUUGUUGCAGGAUCUACAUGCUCCUCUGAAUGGUAGGGAACCAUGAACAUGUGUUAAUUUAAUUCUGCAUUGCUAUCCACCCAUCAUUUGAACAUGUACUCUACACUUUUUCUUAUUUAUUUAUGGAAAAUAGUACAUUUCUUGUUUGA